UACUGCAUUGGACCACCAAUCGAUCACUAUGAAGGCCUUGUAUUGUCAGCAGAAUUCACCUGGAGAGGAAAUGACAUUUGUCUUCCAGGAAAGAGAAAACCUUCCUCCUACAAGAGACAAUGAUGUGAAAGUACAAGUUAGAGCCUGUGCGCUGAGCUGGAUAGAUACAAAGCUUCUGUCAGAAAUUAAACUGGAGAAGGAGCUUCUACCUGUUGGUCGAGAAAUUUCUGGAGUUGUAUUGGAAGUUGGAAGAAAGGUGACCUUUUUUCAGCCAGAUGAUGAAGUGGUGGGAAUUUUGCCCCUGGAUUCUGAAGAGUCUGGUCUUUGUGAAGUUAUUCUAGUUCAUGAGCAUUAUUUGGUUCGUAAACCAGAAAAAGUUUGUUGGGUUGAAGCAGCCGGGACUGUUCGUGAUGGUGUCCGAGCAUACACAGCUUUACACUACCUUUCCCAAGUCUCUCCUGGAAAAACUGUCCUUGUAAUGGAUGGAGCAAGUCCAUUUGGUACAAUAGCUAUUCAGCUAGCGCAACAUAGAGGAGCUAAAGUAAUCUCUACUGCAUACAGUCUUGAAGAUAAGCAGUACCUGGAGAGGCUAAGACCUCCUGUGGAAGGUAUACGGCAGCCUUUAGUGGCUCGAGUGAUAGAUGUAUCAAAUGGAAAGAUAGAUGUGGCAGAAAGCUGCUUGGAAGAAACGGGUGGCCUGGGAGUGGAUAUUGUUCUAGAUGCUGGAGGUAAAUUAUAUAGUGCUGAAGAUGAAUCAACUUCAAAAUCACAGUUGCUGCCUCAUAAGCAUGAUAUCAUUACUCUUCUUGGUGUUGGGGGACACUGGAUAACAACAGAAAAAAACCUGCAGCUGGAUCCUCCAGAUAGCCAUUCCUUGUUUCUUAAAGGAGCCACAGUCUCCUUUCUGAAUGAUGAGAUAUGGAACUUGUCCAAUAUACAGCAAGGGAAGUAUCUCUCCAUCUUAGAAGAUACAAUGGAGAAAUUAUCAAGUAGCAUUUUCAGGCCUCAGCUGGAUGAACCGAUCCCAUUGUAUGAAGCCAAAGUUUCUAUGGAAAUAGUUCAGAAGAAUCAAGCAAGAAAAAGACAAGUCAUCCAGUUCUGACAUGCAAUUUCCUGAUUUCUAAGCCUGUGGAAGAUAAAGAAACGUAAUGUAUUUGAGAAGUAAAUUAAGUGUACACUUUAAAAUAAUUCUGUAACCAGAAUUUAAAGAUCUUUUGUACCUCAGCACAAGCGGUCUGUGAAGCUCCUGUGACUUCAGGGUUUUUUGGAUCCAGUUGAGCAGAACGUUCCCAUCAGCAACUUCUAAAGAGGUGGUCUUGACACACAAAUCUUGUUUGCCUUGCCCUAAUUACAAAUGUCAGUAACAUCUACAGGCAAACUCAGUUGCUGUUGUUUUUCAACCAUAAGAAAUUAAAGGAGGAAAAAAA